CCGAAAGACAGCCGGAUCGACGCAAGUGGUCAUAACGGCUCUUUCCAAGCCUUCGGCAAUGAAAUCGGCCACGAUGAGUGUCCUUUUGUCGACGCCUCUUGAAAUCUAAUGCUAGAUUACCACUUGGCAUCUGGACGGAAGAGGUCUUUUCAAAUGGAUCCGGCCAUAGGCCGCCCGCAUUCUCAGCAGUAUAAGGGAGAUGAUACUGCAUCAUAAGUCUUUCCCCACUAAUCAUUGUACCUUUGCUUCCUGUUGCUUAUCCCUCACAUUCUUCCUUCUCCGUCUCACGCUUUGACAGCAUAUCCAUUCUGCGCCGGACGACCUUCCUUUACCAUCUUGCCGUCGAACACCAUUCUUUAACAUGUUUUCCAAUUCCAUUACCCUCUACGCCCUUCUCUCGACUGCUCUACUGCCAUAUGUGGCAGCUUCUCCGGCUCCUGAUAUGAUCUUUCUUCUGAAAGAAUCAUCCUUCACUCCCCUCGGUUGCUCCACCACCUUCCGCCCCACCUCCAUCCUUCACCAAGUCCCAUCUCCCCAAGCUUGCUUCUCUCGCUGUUCCUCGUCCCAAUUCGCCGCCUAUACAUCUCCCUCGUCCUCUUACAUGUCACAGUCUGUACUUUGCGCGUGUGGGUCGGAAGAGAUGAUGGAGGGCAUUGGGCGAAUGGACAUGUGCAAGGGGAACAACUGGUACUUGUACAGUAACGAGGAGGUCGAUGAGCUUGUCAUCGUGGAGGACGACGAGCGGAUGGACAAGCUUUCAGUGUUCUCAAGGAAGGGAGAGAAGAGCUCGAGUAAGGGGCCUAUGCCGUUGGCGAUCUUGAAGAAGUUGACAGCGGCGUCCAAGAACAAGAUAUUCAAGUGGUGAUCUUUCCCUCAUCUGUGCUGGCCACGAUAUUCCCCUCUUCUGGUAUUUUCCGUAUAUAGAUGAUUUUAUAAUCAUACUACAGAUG